ACAGGAAGAGGCGGAACCUGCUAUUUCAUAACACAGAGACAAAAAAGUAUCAAACUUUGUUGUGGGUUUUAGAUUGUUGUUUGGUUUUUGAUUGAAAAGUUUUGUCGUUUGAGACUCCGAGUUAGAGAGAAACUACUAGUAUUAUUAUGUACAUAGCUUCUUCUUCUUCUUCUUCCAUGGGAAGGUCUUUCAAGGAAUCCCUCAAACUUCUUGAAGCUGAUAUCCACCAUGCCAAUACCCUGGCCUCGGAUUUUCCGAGGGAAUAUGAUGGUGCGUGCCUUCAGAUGAGAAUGUCAUACAGUCCAGCAGCACGCCUGUUUCUUUUUUUGGUGCAAUGGACAGACUGCAAUCUUGCCGGAGCUCUUGGACUGUUGAGAAUCCUAAUUUACAAGGUGUAUGUGGACGGGACAACUACCAUGUCUGUCCAUGAAAGAAAAGCAAGUAUUAGGGAAUUCUAUGGGUUCAUAUAUCCCUCUUUAUUGCAACUUCAAAAGGGUGUCACUGAUACAGAGGAUAAAAAACAGAAGGCUGUUUGCAUGGAAAGGUAUCGAAGAAGAGAUGAUGAGGAGGAUAGACAGUCUUCAGACAUAGACAUUGAAAGAGAAGAAGAAUGUGGAAUAUGCAUGGAAAUGAAUAGUAAGAUUGUUUUGCCAGACUGCAACCACGCCAUGUGCCUGAAAUGUUACCAUGAAUGGAGAACAAGAUCACAGUCAUGCCCCUUUUGCCGAGACAGUCUUGAGAGUGUGAACUCAGGUGAUCUGUGGGUAUUAACUGAUAGUAGGGAUGUGGUAGACAUGGCAACAGUGACAAGGGAGAAUAUUAGAAGACUUUUCAUGUACAUAGAUAAGUUGCCUCUGAUCAUUCCAGAUUCCCUUUUUGAUACAUAUGACUCUCACCUAAGAUAAGUGAUUGCGACAGACACAUUUUGCUGUUCUGGUGUGAUCUUGGAUGGGUAGUAGUCUUCAAUUUAGUCACAUAAACUUGUGAUUCGGUAAAUUUAGUGCAUGUUUGGUUUCACGAUUUGCACAGAAUCCAACGCACACUUACUGAGAACUGAGAAGCUAAGACAAAGCUUCUAACCUAUAACAUUUCAUCGUGGAACCAACAUGUUAUUUAGAGUUGCAGUGCUUGCUUCCCUGGUCUUCGUGAAGUAUCCAGCGGCCCUAAGUUUACUAUUGUCUGUUAGUUAAGUUGAGAUGGUAAAUUGUAUGUAGCUCAUGUGUAUAUCCUGUACAGAUUAAAUUACUUAUUAAGAAGAGGUUUGCAUAUUCUGUGCCUCUCUGAUAAUUGAAAAUGCGAAUCUUUCGAGUUCAGAAA